CAUUGGUCGGAGUGGAACAGUGGGAAAGCAAUGAAACGUGUCAGUUUACUUUAUUAGCACAGUAGCGGGUUGUUUAUAUCGUAUUUUUAUUUAGUGUGUAACAGUAAUAAUUAAGAAAAACCAUGAAGUAUCACUUACUUUCAAUUAUACUCGUAAUAACAUUAAGCAUUUCAUGUGAAUCUUCACUAUUCGAAAGUGACUCCUGUUAUUCAUUUGGCAGUGGCAAUGUUUUCCCCGGUAGCGCACGAAAAAUUGAUCACAAAUUACAAUUUACUAAAGCAAUGAUUUCAAAGCCGGCUCCUGAGUGGGAGGCAACGGCAGUGGUAAAUGGAGAAUUUACCCAACUUUCCUUAUCCAGCUUCAAAGGAAAAUAUUUAGUUUUCUUCUUCUACCCCUUGGAUUUCACAUUUGUUUGCCCAACUGAAAUUCUUGCCUUUUCUGAGAGAGUUGAAGAAUUCAAGAAACUCAACACUGAAGUUGUGGCUUGCUCUAUCGAUUCCCACUUUACACAUCUAGCCUGGAUAAAUACUCCAAGAAGAGAGGGAGGUCUUGGCAAGAUUAACAUUCCACUGUUGAGUGACUUAACUCAUUCCAUUGCAAAGGACUAUGGAGUUUACCUAGAGGAUGUAGGCCAUACUUUAAGAGGUUUAUUCAUUAUUGAUGACAAAGGUGUACUUAGACAGAUAACAAUGAAUGAUUUACCAGUUGGAAGAUCAGUUGAUGAAACCUUAAGGCUGGUGCAGGCAUUCCAGUACACUGAUAAGCAUGGUGAAGUGUGUCCAGCUGGCUGGAAACCAGGUCAAGAUACAAUUAUUCCAAACCCUGAUGAAAAGAAGAAGUAUUUUGAAAAAGUUGCAAAAAACUAAUUUAAGUUUUGCAAGCUAAGAGUACUUACAAAAAUGUUACUUGGGUAGAUUGUUUAGUUUAUUUUCCACAUUUUUUCAGUCUUGUGUCUGAUAAAAUAUUACAAUUACAUGUUAAGUCAUUAUAAAGAGUUACAUACUUAUUAAGAUUUAAGAAAGAUCCAGUACAACUGCAUACAAAAAAAAACAAAAUUUUAUAUUUGUUUUAAAUCUGAAAACAUAACAACUGCUAGUUAUUUAAAAUUGUUGACUAACAGGAUCUACAACUUUGCAUUAAAAUUACUAGUCAAAAAAUAAAAAGUAAAGUAAAACUUAAAGUGAAGCGCACUGGCUAUUAAUAUUUUCUAUGUUGAUUGAUGAGAAAACAAUGAAAAAGUACAAGUCCUUAAAACCAACCCAUCUUACUGCAGGUUUAAGAUAAAGAAUUGUAAUUAUAACACAUACGUAUAUAUAUAUUAUAUCAAAACAUAAAUAAAAUACUUAAUACUCUUAAAAUACCCAUAAAAUAUACUGUAAUUUUUUAUUUAAAACUUUAUAAAAUAAUCAGCUGUGCAAAUAAAAUUGAUAUAAUUUUUAAGUAAUCUUGCUAUGCUGCAUAGUACCAGUUUAUGCAUAUUUAUUUUAUAAGUCUUUUACAUUUUAUUUUUAUUAACAUCACUAAUACAAGACUGAACUUAUUAAUGCAUCAUGUACAUUAUAUUGUAGGCAUUCCAAGUGAAAAGUAUGUUA